AUGGCGGCGGCGGCGGCCGCGGCGGCCGUCGGGGGGCCGCAGCCGCCCCAACCCGAGCUGCCCGCGCCUGGGCUGGCCGUGGACAAGGCGGCCACCGCGGCGCACCUGAAGGCGGCCCUCAGCCGGCCGGACAACAGGGCAGGUGCUGAGGAGCUACAGGCGCUGCUGGAGCGGGUGCUGAGCGCCGAGCGGCCGCUGACCGCGGCUGCGGACGGCGAGGAGGCGGCGGCAGCCGGCGGCGGGGGCGGUCCGGGGGCGGCCGAGGAGGAGGCUCUGGAGUGGUGUAAGUGCCUUCUGGCGGGCGGCGGAGGCUACGAUGAGUUCUGCGCGGCGGUGCGGGCCUACGACCCCGCGGCGCUCUGCGGCCUGGUCUGGACAGCCAACUUUGUGGCCUACCGCUGCCGGACGUGCGGCAUCUCCCCCUGCAUGUCGCUGUGCGCGGAGUGCUUCCACCAGGGUGACCACACCGGACACGACUUCAAUAUGUUCCGCAGCCAGGCUGGGGGUGCCUGUGACUGCGGGGACAGCAACGUGAUGCGGGAGAGUGGGUUUUGCAAAAGGCAUCAAAUUAAAUCAAGUUCAAAUAUUCCCUGUGUCCCCAAAGACUUAUUGAUGAUGUCUGAAUUUGUUCUUCCAAGAUUUAUUUUUUGUCUUAUUCAGUACUUAAGAGAAGGCUAUAAUGAACCAGCAGCUGAUGUACCCUCAGAAAAAGACCUUAACAAAGUCCUUCAGCUUUUGGAACCUCAAAUUUCCUUUUUAGAAGAUCUAACUAAAAUGGGAGGCGCCAUGCGGUCAGUUCUUACUCAGGUUUUGACAAACCAACAAAACUACAAAGAUCUGACUUCUGGUCUUGGAGAAAACGCUUGUGCAAAGAAAAGUCAUGAAAAGUACCUUAUAGCUUUGAAGAGCUCUGGACUUACAUAUCCUGAGGAUAAGCUUGUAUAUGGUAUACAGGAGCCAUCAGCUGGCACUAGCACUCUGGCAGUUCAAGGUUUUGCAGGUGCAACAGGAACAUUGGGACAACUAGAUUCUUCAGAUGAGGAGGAUCAGGAUGGGAGUCAAGGUCUGGGCAAGAGAAAGAGGGUCAAACUAAGCAGUAGCACCAAAGAUCAAUCUAUAAUGGAUGUUUUGAAACAUAAAAGUUUUCUAGAAGAACUGUUGUUUUGGACUAUAAAGUAUGAAUUCCCUCAGAAGAUGGUAACUUUCUUACUCAACAUGCUUCCAGAUCAAGAGUAUAAGGUUGCUUUCACAAAAACGUUUGUUCAGCAUUAUGCUUUCAUUAUGAAAACACUGAAGAAAAGUCACGAGUCAGACACAAUGUCUAACAGAAUUGUGCAUAUUAGUGUUCAGUUGUUCAGCAAUGAAGAGUUAGCCAGACAGGUAACAGAAGAAUGUCAGCUGCUGGAUAUUAUGGUCACUGUGCUAUUAUACAUGAUGGAAAGUUGCCUUAUUAAAAGUGAGCUACAAGAUGAAGAAAAUAGUUUACAUGUGGUAGUGAACUGUGGAGAAGCAUUACUGAAGAAUAACACUUAUUGGCCUCUUGUCAGUGAUUUUAUUAAUAUCCUUUCUCAUCAAAGUGUGGCUAAGAGAUUUUUGGAGGACCAUGGUUUGUUAGUUACAUGGAUGAACUUUGUAUCUUUCUUUCAAGGUAUGAACUUAAACAAGCGAGAACUAAAUGAGCAUGUGGAAUUUGAGUCUCAGACCUACUAUGCUGCCUUUGCUGCUGAACUUGAGGCCUGUGCACAGCCAAUGUGGGGGCUCUUAUCCCAUUGUAAAGUUAGGGAAACUCAAGAGUAUACUCGAAAUGUUGUUAGAUACUGCCUUGAAGCUCUUCAAGACUGGUUUGAUGCUAUUAACUUUGUAGAUGAGCCAGCACCUAACCAAGUCACUUUUCAUCUUCCCCUUCAUCGUUACUAUGCUAUGUUUUUGAGUAAGGCUGUGAAAUGUCAAGAACUAGAUUUGGAUUCUGUUUUACCUGAUCAGGAAAUGUUAAUGAAACUAAUGAUUCACCCACUCCAAAUUCAAGCAAGUCUUGCUGAAAUCCAUAGCAAUAUGUGGGUAAGAAAUGGUCUACAAAUCAAAGGACAAGCUAUGACCUAUGUCCAGUCUCAUUUCUGUAAUUCCAUGAUUGACCCUGACAUUUACUUACUACAGGUUUGUGCUUCUAGACUUGACCCAGAUUAUUUUAUUUCAUCUGUCUUUGAAAGAUUUAAGGUAGUGGAUUUGUUGACAAUGGCGUCACAACAUCAAAACACAGUACUUGAUGCAGAGCAUGAGAGAUCGAUGUUAGAAGGCGCUCUUACAUUUCUUGUGAUUCUUUUAAGUCUUCGUUUACAUUUAGGGAUGUCUGAUGAUGAGAUUCUCAGAGCAGAAAUGGUAGCCCAGUUGUGUAUGAAUGACAGGACACAUAGUUCAUUGUUGGACCUUAUUCCAGAAAAUCCAAAUCCCAAAAGUGGCAUUAUUCCAGGCAGUUACAGUUUUGAAUCAGUUCUUUCAGCUGUAGCUGAUUUUAAGGCUCCUGUUUUUGAACCUGGAGGUUCUAUGCAGCAAGGCAUGUAUACUCCUAAAGCUGAAGUCUGGGAUCAGGAGUUUGACCCUGUCAUGGUCAUUCUUCGAACAGUUUACCGUAGAGAUGUGCAAUCUGCAAUGGACAGAUAUACAGCAUUUUUAAAACAGAGUGGAAAAUUCCCUGGAAAUCCCUGGCCUCCCUAUAAGAAAAGGACGCCACUGCAUCCCAGCUAUAAAGGUCUCAUGAGACUUUUGCACUGUAAAACUUUACACAUUGUGCUAUUCACUCUGCUUUACAAGAUUUUGAUGGAUCAUCAAAAUCUGUCAGAACACGUACUCUGCAUGGUUUUGUAUCUGAUUGAAUUAGGACUUGAAAAUUCAGCUGAAGAGGAAUCAGAUGAAGAGGCAUCAGUGUGUGGACCAGAACGUUGUCACGACAGUUGGUUUCCUGGCAGUAACUUAGUGUCAAACAUGCGACACUUUAUAAACUAUGUUAGGGUGAGAGUUCCAGAGACUGCUCCGGAAGUGAAGAGAGACUCACUUGCAAGUACCAGCUCUGACAGCUUGAGUUCUUUACAAAAUUCUGGUACAGCUCAAGUUUUCAGCUUAGUAGCAGAGCGUAGAAAGAAGUUUCAAGAGAUCAUCAAUCGCAGUAGCAGUGAAGCAAAUCAGGUGGUUCGUCCCAAAACUUCAAGUAAAUGGUCUGCUCCUGGUUCGGCUCCACAGUUAACUACAGCCAUUUUGGAAAUUAAAGAAAGCAUAUUGUCUUUGUUAAUUAAACUUCAUCACAAACUCUCAGGAAAACAAAACUCCUACUAUCCUCCUUGGCUUGAUGACAUAGAAAUUUUAAUCCAACCAGAAAUUCCUAAAUAUAAUCAUGGAGAUGGUAUAACUGCAGUAGAAAGAAUUUUACUAAAAGCUGCAUUGCAAAGCAGAAUGAACAAGCGCAUCAUCGAAGAGAUAUGUAGAAAAGUGACCCCUCCUGUACCACCCAAAAAAAUCACUGCAGCAGAAAAGAAAACACUGGACAAAGAAGAAAGGCGACAAAAGGCUAGAGAGAGGCAGCAGAAAUUGCUUGCAGAGUUUGCUUCACGACAGAAAAGCUUCAUGGAAACUGCAAUGGAUGUUGAUUCUCCUGAGAAUGAUAUUCCUAUGGAGAUCACAACAGCAGAACCACAAGUUUCUGAAGCAGUAUAUGAUUGUGUUAUUUGUGGUCAGAGCGGCCCCUCCUCUGAAGACCGACCUACAGGAUUGGUUGUACUGUUACAAGCAUCCUCAGUUUUAGGGCAGUGCCGUGACAACAUUGAUCCAAAAAAAUUGCCUAUCACUGAAGAGGAGCAGAUUUACCCUUGGGAUACAUGUGCAGCAGUUCAUGAUGUGAGACUUUCAUUAUUACAGCGUUAUUUUAAGGAUAGUUCUUGUCUCUUGGCAGUAUCAAUUGGUUGGGAAGGAGGUGUUUAUGUACAAACCUGUGGCCACACGUUGCACAUAGAUUGUCAUAAAUCUUACAUGGAAUCAUUACGGAAUGAUCAGGUUCUUCAGGGCUUCUCGGUGGACAAAGGAGAAUUCACGUGUCCUCUCUGUAGGCAGUUUGCUAACAGUGUUCUUCCUUGUUAUCCUGGGAGCAAUGUGGAAAGUAACCUUUGGCAACGUCCUAGUAACAAAAGCAUACAAGAUCUCAUAAAGGAAGUGGAAGAGCUGCAGGGACGGCCGGGAGCUUUCCCAUCAGAAACCAACUUAAGUAAAGAAAUGGAAUCUGUAAUGAAAGAUAUCAAAAAUACUACUCAGAAAAAGUAUAGAGACUAUAGCAAGACCCCAGGUUCACCAGACAAUGAUUUUCUCUUUAUGUAUUCUGUUGCUAGAACCAAUUUGGAACUUGAAUUAAUUCAUCGGGGAGGCAAUUUGUGUUCAGGUGGUGCAAGCACAGCUGGCAAACGCUCUUGCUUAAAUCAGCUGUUCCAUGUAUUAGCCUUGCACAUGCGGCUUUAUAGCAUUGAUUCUGAGUAUAAUCCCUGGAGAAAGCUUACGCAAUUAGUAGAAGAGGAGAAUUCACAGCAGGGAAAUGAAGAACAACAGCCUGAGGUUCCGGUUCUUUAUCAUGAUGUUACAUCUCUUUUGCUCAUCCAGAUCUUAAUGAUGCCGCAACCCUUACGAAAAGACCAUUUCACCUGCAUUGUGAAGGUGCUUUUUACCCUUCUAUACACACAAGCUCUUGUGGCACUUUCAGUUAAAUGCAAUGAGGAAGAUAGGUCAGCCUGGAAACACACGGGAGCUCUCAAAAAGAAUACAAGUGAUGCAGAAAAGUCUUAUGAAGUGUUACUGAGCUUUGUGAUAAGCGAACUAUCUAAAGGAAGGUUAUACCAUGAAGAGGGCACUCAGGAAUGUGCAAUGGUUAGCCCUGUUGCUUGGUCUCCUGAAUCCAUGGAAAAAUACUUACAGGACUUCUGCUUACCUUUCCUCAGAAUCACCAGCCUUCUUCAGCACCACCUUUUUGGGGAAGAUUUACCUAGCUGCCAGGAAGAAGAAGAAUUUUCGGUUCUUUCCAGCUGCCUGGGGCUUCUGCCAACAUUUUACCAAACAGAACAUCCAUUCAUCAGUGCCUCUUGUCUGGAUUGGCCAGUUCCAGCAUUUGAUAUUAUAUCUCAGUGGUGUCUUGAGAUAAAUUCAUUUACUGAAAGACAUGCAGAACAAGGAAAGGCCUUGCUUAUCCAAGAGUCAAGAUGGAAAUUACCACACCUGCUCCAGUUGCCUGAGAAUUAUAACACCAUUUUUCAGUACUACCACAGAAAAACCUGUAGUGUCUGCACUAAGGUUCCUAAGGAUCCUGCUGUUUGCCUUGUUUGUGGUACUUUUGUAUGCCUGAAAGGACUUUGCUGCAAGCAACAAAGCUACUGUGAAUGUGUAUUGCAUUCUCAGAACUGUGGUGCUGGAACAGGAAUUUUCCUUUUGAUCAAUGCUUCGGUGAUUAUCAUCAUUCGAGGCCACCGCUUCUGCCUCUGGGGUUCUGUGUAUUUGGAUGCUCAUGGAGAAGAAGAUCGGGAUCUUAGGCGAGGCAAACCUCUCUACAUUUGUAAGGAAAGAUACAAAGUUCUUGAGCAACAGUGGAUUUCUCAUACUUUUGAUCACAUCAAUAAAAGAUGGGGUCCACAUUACAAUGGGCUGUGACUCACCACCUCAGCAUUGCAUUAUAUCAUUUUCAUUAAGAAUUUAUCAACAAUAAGCUUUACCUUAAUUUGGGGGAUUAACGCUUUUGCUGAGGAGAAAAAGAAAACAUAAAGCCUUUCCAAAAUUAGGUGCUUGGUAAUCACAUUAAUGGUAUAAUAAAUUUUUUUU